AACAUGGGUCUAAAGAAAUAUGGGCCUGGUUUGAUAUAAAAGUAACAGAAGUCCAAAUAAAAACGACGUUGUCUUUGUCUAGUUCUCCCUUUGUUCUUCCUAUCGGCGGUCGAUCGCAGAAAUGUCAGAAUAAACCCUAUGUGCGCAGUGUUUUUUGUUUAAAUGAAGUACGUAAAGCCCUUAAACUUGUUCCGGGAAUUGCUGAAGACUAAAGGAUUAGAGCGAGGACGGUUGCUGGGUCUAGAUGUGGGUGAUAAGUAUGUUGGGCUAGCUGUUUCGGAUCCUCAUAACAAAAUUGCUUCACCUUUAAGUGUUCUGCUUAGGAAGAAAUCAACUAUUGAUUUGACAGUUUGUGAUUUUCAAAAUCUGAUUUCUGAGCUUUCUUUAGAGGGGUUUGUCGUUGGCUUUCCUUUUGAUAGGCAAAGGAUCCCUCGAGAUGCUGUUCAAAUAAAGCUUUUCAUCGAUGACAUUUGCAAAACUGGAGAACUUGAAGGCGUAAAAUAUACGUAUUGGGACGAGUGCUUCACAUCAAAGAAUGUGGAAUUACUGUUGAAGCCUUUGCAUUUGCAUCCUGUUCAGUCAAAAACAAUAGUUGACAAAUUUGCAGCUGUGGGGAUACUCCAGGGUUACUUGGAUUUUGUUAACGGGAAGAUCACGUCGAACGCAGCAGACUAGCAUAUUUCUAAGUUGUAUUCAAUUGGAAAGUGGAAGUUGUGUGGAUUUUCUUAAUAUCUGGCGAGGCGAUGAUGAUGAAAGCUGGCGAGGCGAUGAUGAUGAAAGCCUAUGUACCUUCCCCCCAAGUUUUUGUCAUUAUUGUUGAAUUAUUCAGUUUGCUUGAGCGGUUGAACUGAGUUAGUUGUAAGAAUUUUUUUGCAUCUCUCA